CAUCGCGUGAAGGUCACUGUGAUCAAAGAUGGCAUCCGCUGUAGUUCAACGGGUUGUGCGAAAAGUGCCAUUGAAUAGUUUCAGUAAACAGUUUUCCACAACAACAGUUAGAGCUGGAUCUCAGUUAACUGUGAGAGAUGCCUUGAAUGCAGCUAUAGAUGAAGAAAUCAAAAGAGAUGAUAAAGUUUUUCUUUUGGGAGAGGAAGUUGCAUUGUAUGAUGGUGCCUACAAGGUUAGCAGAGGAUUACACAAGACAUAUGGAGACAAGAGAGUAUUAGAUACUCCUAUAACUGAGAUGGGCUUUGCUGGUAUAGCAGUAGGAGCAGCUAUGGCAGGUUUAAAACCAAUUUGUGAAUUCAUGACAUUUAAUUUCUCCAUGCAAGCAAUAGAUCAGGUGAUCAACUCAGCAGCUAAAACAUUUUAUAUGUCAGCAGGACAGGUUCCGGUUCCUAUUGUCUUUCGAGGACCAAAUGGAGCUGCAGCUGGUGUUGGAGCCCAACAUUCACAGUGUUUUGCUUCAUGGUACAGUACAUGUCCAGGGCUAAAAGUAGUAUCCCCAUUCUCAUCAGAAGAUUGUAAAGGGUUAUUAAAAGCAUCAAUUAGAGAUCCUAACCCAGUUGUAUUUUUAGAGAAUGAGAUUAUGUAUGGAACAUCAUUUGAUAUGUCUGAUGAAGCUAUGUCAGAAGAUUUUGUUAUUCCUAUAGGCAAAGCAAAAAUAGAAAGACCAGGUAAAGUAGGUCAUAUGUUUGAUGAAGCUAUGUCAGAAGAUUUCGUUAUUCCUAUAGGAAAAGCUAAAUUAGAAAGACCAGGUAAUCACAUAACGUUAAUAUCACACAGUAGAUAUGUAGGACAUUGUUUAGAGGCAGCCAAUGAAUUAGCAGGACAAGGUGUGGAAUGUGAGGUAAUAAAUUUAAGAACAAUUAGGCCAAUGGAUGAAGAAACGCUUAUAAAAUCAGUAAUGAAAACAAACCAUUUAGUAACAGUCGAGGGUGGAUGGCCACAGUGUGGAAUAGGAUCUGAAAUAUGUGCCAGAAUCAUAGAAAGUCAAGCCUUUAAUUACCUUGAUGCACCAGUAUUACGUGUAACAGGAGCUGACUUACCAACACCAUAUGCAAAACAGUUAGAAGAUAGCUCUUUUCCUCAAACUCAUAACAUUGUUGGAGCAGUCAAAAAGUCUUUGAAUAUUUCCUAACAGAUACUCAUUAUAGGUGAUUUUAAACUGUUUUGACUUACUUAGAAAAUGAGUUUAAAUUGGAGUUAGAUAUAUCUUAUAGCAGAAUUGUUUCAUCAUGAACAUAGUACAGUGACUUCAUGUUUUGAGAAAUUUACUAUUAAAUGGAUCAGUUUCUAAUAUGAAGUACAUUCUUUUUGAUAUAAUGUUCAUGUGUUAAAAGUUAUUUUUUAAGUCAGGUUGAUUUCCUGUAGAUAAAAUUUUAUCAAAUGUAGCUGUUAUUUUUUAUUUUGAUAUUCUGUUGAAUCUCAUGAAGAUUAAUAUGUGUAAACUAAAAGUGAUGUCAGUAAUAAAGUCUUUAUAAUGAUGUUACUUUCUUUAGAAACCAAGGUAUAUUAAAGAGCAUUAUUCAGAGAUAUUAGUUAAAAGAGAUUGUAUGUUCCAAUGUUCUUGGCAAAAGGGGGGGGGGGGGGGGGGCGUUUAGAGUGAAUUUUUAUCUCCUUUCUGGGGGAAAGGGAGAUGUUUAAAGUGAAUAUUGCGUCCUUUUGUUUGUUGAUUAUGUUAAAUCCAUCUGCACUGUGUAGCUGCAACGCCUAAUAAACCAGUGACUAGAUUUCAUUGAAACUGCAAGAAAAGGUUCGCUACAUAUUGCACAUCUUGUUUUAUAUUUUGACCUGACUAAAUUUUUGUUUCCCAUAAUUUUUCCCAGUUAUAACAAGUAUGUCCCAUCAAAAAAAGUACUACCAAACUUUUAUUAUUGUAUUUGUGUUAACAAACUUUGGUUGAUGUCUUAACAUACUCCUGCUGGAAGCAAUAACAACAAGAACCAUGUAGAAAGCUUUUCCCUCUUACCUACGAAUAUUUCCUUGUUAUUGUUUUUAAUUGCAUGUUUAACAGUUGCGUUUACAAAAAAUAACAAUCAGAUUUAAGCUAAUGAGAUCAAAUUGAGAAAGAUGGCUUGAACUAUUAAGUUUAAUUAUAAAAUAAGUAGUGAUACAAUUUGUUUAUUUUUGAGAGAAAAAAAGUUUUUAUUUCAAAUUGUAUUUGUUAAUCUACAAUGGAUAAAAAUACUAUUGAUUUAAAUAUAAAAGUAAAACUGUUGCCCAUUUAAAGUUUUAAGCUAUCAAUUUCAGUCUGAAAGUUAUUGCAGUAAACUUGGAUGAAUUUCAUUUCAUUGCAUUUGUUGUUUUCUGUUAUGUGUGAAGUUUGUAUCAUUUAUGUUUCAAUAUUAUUUAUGUGAAAAUUAAAGGCAGUGAAAUAAAGCUUAUGUUUA